AUGAUCUGGCAUCUUCUUCUUCUUUUGUCUUUCAUUUUUACUAUUAAUAAUAUCAAUGGUGAUAGUAUACGUUAUCCAGCUAUAUUUAUUCCGGGUAAUGGUGGUUCACAAAUAUGGGCUCGAUUAAAUCGUACAUCUCCUCCACCACAUUUUUUUUGUUCACGUCAUUCAAAUUGGUUUGAAUUAUGGCUUGAUGUUCGUCUUCUAUUACCAGAAGUUAUCGAUUGUUUUGUCGAUAAUAUGCGUUUAACAUAUAAUUCAACAACGAAAAAAACAUCAAAUUUAGAGGGUGUAGAAAUACAAGUACCUGAUUUUGGACAAACAUCAUCCAUUGAAUUUUUUGAUUCAUCUGGUAUUGGUUAUUCAUCCUAUUUUGCACCUAUUAUAAGAAGUCUCGUUGCACUUGGUUACACACGAGGUGUUGAUUUACGUGGAGCACCAUAUGAUUUUCGACGAGGUCUUGAUGAACAAGAAGAAUUUUUUGAUAAUUUAACUAAACUUGUCAUUGAUACUUAUGAACAAAAUAAUCAAACAAAAGUUAUUUUUGUAACUCAUAGUAUGGGAGGACCAUUUGCAUUGUAUUGGCUUCAUCGUCAAAAAGCUAGUUUCAAAGAGAAAUAUAUUCGUUCAAUGGUUAAUAUUGCUGCACCAUGGGGUGGUGCUGUAAAAACUCUUCGUCUAAUGGCUAGUGGUGAUAAUAUCGAUGUAUAUGUUGUUUCACCUAUUCGUGUUCGUCCUUACCAACGUUCAGCACCAUCAACUGCAUUUCUUAUGCCAAGUUUUAAUUUCUGGGACAAAAAUGAAGUAGUUGUUGUUUCACCAAAACGAAAUUAUACUGUUCAUGAUUAUCAAGAUUUUUUUAAUGAUAUUAACUAUCCAACUGGAUAUGAAUAUUGGCUUAAUAAUAAAGGUUUACUUGAUGAAUUAAAACCACCUGAAGUUGAAUUACAUGAAAUUUAUAGUUCACAAAUGCCAACACCUGGUGUACUUUUAUAUAAUAAUCGUACAUUUCCAGAUUUACAACCAGUUGUUUUACCUGAUAAUGGUGAUGGUACAGUUAAUAUACGAAGUUUACUUGGAUUUAAAAAAUGGGAAGGCAAACAAAAGCAAGAUAUACAUUCUACAGAAUUACCUGGUGUUGAACAUCUAGCUAUUUUGAGACAUCCAAUGACAAUUAAUUAUGUUAUACAAGUUCUUACUGGUCAAUUUGAUUAUAAGAAAUAA